ACGUAAACUAAGAUGGCACUUGUAUUUCUUCGAGCGGAUUAGAAACAAAUGAUAAAAUAUAUAUAUAUAUAGUUUGUGGUGUAUAGCUAAUUAAUAAUAAGCUUUGAGUUAUGUGAUUAUACACGAAAAUAUUUUAUUUUAAGUACAGCAAGUGUCGAGCUGUAGACUUGAAGUUUUUAAACUAAUAGUCACACCUGAAGACUCAUUCAAGAAGUCCUGUUCAAAUUUCCACUUGCUAUGUGCAUGAUAUUAUACUUGUCAGUAUUAAACUUAUAUCCCAUGUUCUGGUACCAAGUAAAAAAGGAAUUACAGAUUUGUGUAGUCUGAGUAUCCUGAAAAAAUUCCUGGUAUUGAGUUAUAUUUCCGUGUUGCAAGAUGUUCAAGUUGGAGUCGUAUAUAACACCCUUGUUAUUGAGUUACGUUGAUAAAUAUAUCAAAAAUUUUAAACCUGAAGAUUCACAGCUUUCUCUCUGGGGAGGAGAUGCAGUGUUUAGUAACCUAGACUUGAAACUAGACGUGCUCGAACACGAACUCAGCCUUCCCUUUACCUUCGUCAAUGGUCAUAUCCACGAGUUACGUAUUCACGUGCCUUGGACAAAGCUCGGUUGGGAACCUGUAGUCAUCACCAUCAACACCAUAGAGUGUGUUCUCAAGUUACGAGGAAAUGACCAGGAAAGUGCUAGUUGUAAACCUUCCGUUCAACCAUCCAUGGCUGAACGUUCGACAAAGCGUCGUAGUAAACGACAAGACAUUCCAGAAGAACCGCCAGGGUAUGUCCAGAGUCUGAUUAAUCGCAUCGUUAAUAACAUUAGUAUUGUGUUUAACAAUCUGAUACUAAAGUAUGUGGAGGAUGACAUAGUCCUGUCUCUGAACAUCAAGUCAGCUGAGCUGUUCAGCGUAAACAGUGGCUGGGAGCAAGCAUUCGUGGAUGUUAGUCCUAGUGACCCAGUGUUAAGGAAGAUAAUAAACAUGCAAGACUUAACGAUAUGCCUGGACCAGAGAGACGCCAGUGGAAAGAUUGAAACAUAUCAAGAUCCUCUGUUAUACCGUUGCUCUCUUGUAUGUCGACUCUACACCGCUUUUGAUAAUCCACACACCAGUACACCUGCUGUUACUCGCAUGCACCUUUUCUGUGAACGUCUGGACUUUUCCAUCACGGACCAGCAACUGCCAAUGUUUAGCCGGCUUGUACAACUGUGUUUGGCUCUCUACUAUGGUCAGUUAGUGUCAAAAGUUAAAUCUCAGAAUGACGUUGUAGAAGAUGCAAAAGAUCAUGGAACACAUGCAGAAGGAACAUUAAAAGAUGGUGAGGCAGUUGAAAAUGAAUCUACAUGGGGGUCUUGGGCCUGGUCAUUUGUUCCAGAAAUUCUACCUAUCUGGGAUGAUGAACAACCAGAACAGUCAGAAAACUUUCGUGAAGUUUGCCGGCAACAUGCUAAGAGGAUCUUUCAGUUCGGCCUUUUUGUUGACAAACUUUCUUGCAUUUUCAAGCUAACAGACAAUGUCCAGGGAACUUCACAGCUUAGUGGAAACAAAGUCCUGUUUAGUCCAGUAGCUGUUCUUCAACAGUACGGCACAGCCCUAGAAAUGACAUCAAGAGGUGAUGAUUUUGUAAAUGUUCAGAUGGGUGUAACAGGAGCGAGUCUGCAUGGCCUCGGAGAAUGUGUCUGUGGACAAAAAGACUUCAGAAAUAUACCACCUGAGUUGACAAAGAAUGCUGUCUUCCUAAGAGCGGGAGUGGCUCCAUCUAGUGGUCACACAUAUAAUUAUUUGACAUCAUCGCUCUUUGAUCCACUGUCUCCUGAGAAUUGUAAUCAACGAAGAACAUAUGUGUUUGAUUGGAGUGCCCAUUUAACGUGGUUGACAGAAAAUGUAAUGGUGGAAAGAUUUCCAGCUUUCUGCAUUGAUUACAUGUAUGAACUAGAGCUUCCUGAUGAUUGGCUAGAUUAUGUUUCAGAGAUAACUUCAACUUUCCUUGAAGGAUGUGGGUGGCACGAACAGGCCUUAUGUAGGGUAAUAGUUGGACCUGCUGCCUUAGAUAUCAACAGCAGCUUAGUACAUAGACUGAUGAAGUUUCUGCACUGCCUACAAGAACAUGAAUACCCACCUUAUUCUCCAACAAAUCAGGCUAAUAUAUCAGACUCUAGAACUAUUCCCACAGAAGAAGAAAUGGCUUCUUUGGAGGAUUACAUUCCACAGAGAACAUAUCAUAUCACUCUGCUGAAACCUUACAUCCAGUUCUAUGCUGCUGACCAUCCUUCAUGUAGUGUAAUACAGAAGAGAAGAACAAAAAAGAAAUCCAAGAGCACAGAGAAAGAGAAGUCUCCCGGAGAGUUAUCAACCAUCCACUCUUUCCCAGCACUGUUAGUAUGCACCGAGUGUGUGGACAUUGAGUUAAGUAGACCUAUGUAUCCACAGCGAGUGGCGUCGAUAACAAGCCUUCUUGCUGCUCCUUCUGAAAAUGUACUUCAUGACUGUUAUCUUCACUUUUCUCUAAAGGUGUUUGAUUUUGAAGUGGUGCUUUCAAUAAAUGAGAAACUGUACAGAAGAAAAGUACUACUGUUGUCGCCAACUAGUGCUUCUCUCUAUAAGAAGAUCCUGUUACUACCUCAUUACUGGAACAACCACCCCUGGCGCCCCCUAAAGGAAUGGUGGGCUGAAAUAGGACAACUGAGGUUGCAGGUGGCACCACCUCAGAUGUUAGUUCUUUUAAGUUUACUAAAUUCUUGGAAAUCUAGCAGCACGAUAUUCCCUUCCUUAGUAGCAUCUUCUUUGCUGCAAGAUAUCACAGACACGGACUUGCCAAGUUUGAUACUAGACAUCAGUGGGUGUACCUGGCAUCACACAGAAACUAGAACAACUGAAGGCCAUUCUGGUUUAGUUAAGUCUUUAAAAUGUCAACUUUCAAAUGGCGGCCAGACUGUGGUUUUGAUUUGUGCACCUGAAUCUACUUGUGAUGUUCACAAAGCAGGAUACUUUACCUCUAUGUCUGACUCUCAGAUUCAUGGAGAAGACCAAGACAACUGGAUAAAAGUCACUUUGCAACUUCCAAAGAACUGGUCAGAAUGUUGUGAUCCAGUGCUUGUGAGUGCCAGAGUGGCUGGGGUAAUGGUUAAUUUAGACCCUCUUUUGCUCACUUGGUUAUCCUAUUUGCCUACAACCUCAAAGGUUGAUUCUGUUGGUCCUGUUGAAACACUGGAAAAUGCACCUUCACAUCUUGCUUCUGUAAAAGAAAAGCAUCAAGGUAGGUGUGAAUUCAAGUGUUAUGUUAUCCAUGUAGACGUUCACAGCCUGUGUCUGCUAUUGCCGACUUCAACAGUUCAGAAUAUUUCUUGUCUGGAAUCAUGGAAAGAAGCGUACCAGAAGAAAGAAGUUCCUGGUCUUCUUGUUGUUUCUCUGCCUCACCUACUGGUCCACAGCAGCACCAAGUACAGCUAUCCACUAGUAGAUUCAGAUUUACCAGUUGCUGCUCUUGAUGGCUGGAGCCCCUCACUGGAAAACUUUCCAUGGAGUGUCACGGCUUCAGACUGUAGUGUCUACACUGUUCAGAGUAACACCAGCGUUCAGUAUAUAAUGAAACCCACUUCGUUAUCUGCUACUCUUGCAUUCACCACUAGAUGUCACCCAUCCUUGACUAGCGGUUUAACCCAGCUUGGAGUGUGUAUCCACCUGGACAUGGACUGCCUUCAGCUGUGUUGUUCAAAAAACCAGCUGCUACUACUUAUUCUUAUUUUUGAAAACUUAAUGGAAGCACAACUGGAAGUAGAGUUAAAGUGGCAGUGGAUCAAGAAGCUGACUCCAGUCCAACAGAAUACAACGUUAAGAUCCGUAGACCCAUCUUGCACUAACCCAAAACUGAUAAAUAUUUCUAGUGUUACCAGCUCUAGCCAGGUUGACGGUGCUCUCGGCACGAGCUUAUCGACUGGAGAAGUGGAUGAAAAGUCACUUAAGUCCCAAGUUAAAGGAUUGCCUGGCCAGGAAGGAGAUGAUGGUCCAAAAGUGACACUGUGGGUUCAGUUGACACUUCCAAAAUUUGGUGUAAACCUCUUCAGAUUAGAACAUUCCCCAAAAGAAAAAAGUGAUAUCUGGAUGCAGUUGGAAACUGAAGAAGUGACUGUAUCGGUUGACACCCAGGAUAUAUAUUCAAAAACCAAAGUUAAAGUUGCAUCUAUAAAUGUCAACUGUUACCAAAAGAGGCCAGAAGAAAGCCAGUGGGAAGCCUCACCUUUCGAAGGGAUAACUGUAUGCUGUAAUGAGGCUCUAACUGACACUGUUCAAGUGGCAUCAGCUAAAUCUUCACAUCCAGAACCCCUUCCUCAUUCUGCACUCUUUUCAAAUGGGAAGAAAAAUGAUCCUUUAGCUCAUACUUUCUUUUCAAUGACUUACACUCGUGCAUUGUGUAAAAACGUACAACAGAAAUGGGCACAUUUCAGAAGAGAGAGGACACCGUCUUUCAAGGAAGAUUCUCGAGAUGGGGAGUCAAAGAAGAGAUCUGUUAACCAAGGAGGAAAGAACGGUGAAUAUUUUAUCAGUGAAAUAGAUCUAAAAGUGCAACAUUUUGAUAUUGUUCUCUAUGCUCCACUAAUUCAAAGUUUACUUGAGAUUUUCAGUCCUCUCCAUAAGUGUUACAAAAAACGUGGAACUCUGGUUGGCACCACGGGUGUUCUAAACACCUAUCAGAAUGACUAUCCUCUUGGUUGGUCAUUGAACACCAGGACACUACCCUUGAUAUACAUGAAUACUAGCACAAUCCGUAUUUUUCUGCCAUCUGAAGACACCACCACAGGUUCACCUGCUGCUGGAAGUGCUUCCGAUUCAGAAGAAAAGCAAGAUAUGUGUGUUUUACAAACUGAUUCUAUCAUGUUAGUGCCUCAAGCCGAUAACCCCUUAUCUCGAAACAUUCUUAGAAAAGACUUGUUUGUAACAGCUCAGAGAAGAGGAACAUCAGGAAUACCGGGUUCGGACAUAGAGGAUCGUCAGUAUCAGCUGGACAUCCAGGGCAUUAGUUUCAGUACAGUGAAUUGGUCAAGCAUAGUGAAGUACAGUGGACUUAGGACUGAGAAGACAUCCAGUCAGCUUAUGACCAGUAUGGGUGAAAAUCCUGCUGUCGAAUGGAAUAAGAAACCUCCAGGACUUCGACUCAGCGAAGAUGAUGACGAUACCGUUCUCCUUGUUCCCAUUGUUUCUCGUUUUGACUUGCGUAUCACAGCAGCACCAGCAAUAGUUUAUCAGAAACAGCUGGCUGAAGAAGAUGAGGAUGUAGAAGAAGUUCUAAUCUGUGGACAUUCUUUGGAGGUGAAUGCUGUAAGUGAUAUAGAUUUGUAUAUUAGUUUACAUCAGAUGGUAUUAAUACAAACUAUCAUCACAGCUAACUUACAGAAACUCUGGAUUUGGCCAUCUUUGGAUAAUUCUCAGAACUCUUCAUCUAUUCCUGUCGGCACUGACCAGCCGAGAACUUUGAAGCAAGAGUUACCUCGAGACAGUGGAGUUGAAUGUGAAGUGUCGAUACUACCAAAGUUACCGUUGUUGGAUGUAUCUCAAAAGUCUUUACCACUUUCAGAAUCAUUAGCUAUGCUUCAAGAUUUAAACCAAACUACAGCCUGGCCACAAAACAUAGUGCCAUUUGAUGUGUUACUCACAGCUAGUUCUAUUCACAUUGCAUCAUUUGCUCAUGAGAGAGAUCUUUGUAAACCAUCUACUGAUCUUUGUAAACUUGUACCCAAAAAGUUAAAAACACGAAAACAAGUUGUUACUGGAGAAACAAAAACGCGAAGUGCAUCCUUGCCAUCAAAUCCAAGUAAUUGUAAGCGUGGUAGCUCAAGUCGACAGGGAGAAACACUUAGGGAAGGAAGCGUUUCAUCUGAAUCAAGCCCUUUUCAUGAAGUGCGUCGCUCGUCUUUUCCCGAGACCGGGAAUAUAAGUCUAUUGGCUGAAAUGAUGGCCGAACCGGAAGAGGAUGGCUAUGAAGGAUCUGAAGAUUCUAGUGAUGAAGCUAACACAGUUAUUGAUGACAAACCAUCUGAGAAAAAAGACAAACCAAGUUGUCCCAAGCUUAUUCCUUUUGUAUACAUCACCGUCUCUCAGCCACAUGCCUUCGUUAUGGUUCAGCCAACACGACAGAAACUGGACAUGUCAUGUUUUGACAUUCAGGUUCAAGGUGCUGGACCUGGCUGUUUUGUUGAUGCAACAGAAAUCCUACCUCCUCUAUCUCUGUUCACGGAACCAUGGGUAGAGACACGACCAGGUGACAAAGAUCCGAAGACUGGUAUUCCUCCAGCACUGUACACACUCACUCUAAAUGAUUUUAUUUUUCAGUCAGGAAGAGCAAAAAUUAAAUGUGAACGACCCAUCAAGUUGAACUUUGGACUAAAUAAGUGGAAGCAAGCUUCACUGUUUUACGAGUCUACUUCAAAGCUUCUUGGUUGGUUUGACUCAUGUGUUGACUCUUCUCUCACCCAACAAGAAAGUGGUCAAACAAACAGAUGGUUUCCUGUACCACAUUCUGUGGAUAUGGGAACUCGACAGCUGGUUGCCGUGCUUGAACUAGAUGCGGACAACAAAGAAACCAAUCUGAUCUUGAAUGUUGGCAAAAUAACAACGAAUCUGAUGAUGCAGGUUGAAUCUAAAGGUUCAAUCAAUGACAUCAGGUCAGUGACGUCCUGUACUGGUUUGAUACUGAAGACCUCUCGUGAUAUCCAAACGCAACCUCUCCUUGGUCCGUUAUCUCUCAGCGUGGAUGUGGAAGCUCUGUGGGAUAAAUGGUCAACUCUUCCAAGAGUGGUGACAAGGUUUCAUGGGGGAACGGUUCCCCUGAGGGUGGGACCUGAGCAUGUGCAGUUGAUGUUGGUUUUAAGAAAAUAUUUGGAAAACUUUCUUGGUUUAUCGUCAGAAAGAUCACAAGAUCAACAGAAAACUCAAAAACCAUUAAAAAGGGAAGAGAAAGGGAGUUUUUCCCAUCCACAGGCCUCCAGUGACGACUUAAGGAUAGGAGUGUUCCAAUACAUACAAGAUACAGGAUCAGGACUUGAACCCCAGCCUCAUGAAAUAGUCUUUAGUAAGCAGCCUUCUGAGCAUCAAGGAAGCAUGACGUGGUGCUACUCAGAACCACGUGCAUUAACAAAAGUCGAAGUUUCUCCUGUCCCUUUCCACUCUUCAGCCACAAAUGAAUUCCUGGAACCUUUCCAGAGUUUAAAGGUUACUUGCCACCUCCAGUACUGGGAUUCUAUGAAACAGUCAUUCUUUAUGUACAGGGAGUUUGAACUUUCUGAAUCUGCUCAUUGUUCCCUCGAUCUACCUCCUGUUACCAUGGAAACAGGACACUUAGUUGUGGUUUCAGAGUUGUGGAGAGUUGUUGUCCAUAGUCCAGAUGCAGACCCACAAUUAACAGUGUCUCCACUUGCUCUCGCUGCCUGCAUGAGAGUCGAUUCCUGUUUCUUACCAGUACUGGUCUCGUACUUCCAGGCAUGUAUGAAGUUUGAUCUCAUACAGGUCACCCUCUUUAGUCACUUUGCAGGGGCAGGAACCCCAAUAAAUCUGUUACCAUUUUCAUUUGAUGGAAUGUCCCCUGUUGAUCAGGAGUUCAUGGUUCUGACAUUAGAUAGUCCAAGCCUUUGUGUUAACCUGUGGCAGGAUAGACAGAAGGUUGAGGGAUUAUUCAGUAUUAGUGUUGAAAUUCUAGAGUACAGAAAUCUAACAAUGCAGCAGUUGUUAGAACCUGUGGAUUGUGAAGUACAGCUAACCUGGACUCGAACAUUAAACAGGCCAUCUGUGCUCGAAGGAGGAGUUAUUCUUCAUCCUUGUUAUCUUCGAGUAGGACAGUCCAUCAUUCACACUCUGAAUCUGGCUGUGCUUAGCUGGUCUAAGUUCCAGAAAAAAGAGUCCAAACUUCUUGUCCCUAAUUACUAUUUGAUCUGUAAUGACACAGAAGAAACCGUACGGUUUGGUCAAGUUGACACAGAUGAGAGUAUUAUUUUAGCUAGUCGACAGAUGCAUGCUUACAGUUGGCGUGCUCACAAGACAAAACAGUAUUUACACGUGUGUCUCGAGAGCAUGAGGUGGGGAUGGAGCGAACCAUUCUCGUUAGAUAGUGUUGGAACAAUUGUAAAAACUUGGGAGACCAAAGGUCAGAUAGCUACACUGCUCAUCAUCAUAAAACAGAUAUCUACUGUACAGAAACAGGUCAUCAUACGAGGGCAACUAGUGAUCUCUAGUAGAUUGACUCAACAUUUAGAAGUGAAGCUUUUCACUCACCCUCACCACCUGGGCAACUCGCACAAACCUAAAGAGAAAGAAUAUCGUAAAAAAAGUGCAGUUCUAGGACAACAGUGUACACUUCCUAGUUUUGUGAUAGAGCACCAAUACAUCCACUGUCUGCGGCUCCGACACCUUGGAAUUGAUACUCCCUGGUCUGAAAAUAUAUAUAUUACUGGAGACAAGACACACGUAUGUCAGCUGAUCAAGGUGCCAGUCAAAGGUAAAAGUCAGUUUAUGACUUUCUGGUGCACUGUCAUGACAUUAGAGGUGAGCCCUGGAGCUGUCGUGCGAGUGGUGAGUGUCUCCACUGGAUUGUUUCAUCAGAAAGAUACUCAUCAUGUGCAUGAGCUGAACCGUGAGGGACUACUACCGUACAUACCAUUUGAUUGUGUUGGAAAAUCUAUUAUACGUCCAUUAGAAGUUCCAGACAUUGAGCUUAAUGUGGAGUUAUCCCAGAGAUGGCCUUACUGCAACACUGUGUUGGUUGAUGUUAAACCAUGGGCACUACUGGUGAAUCGGGUUGGUGUUGAUAUCUAUCUGGUGGAACAAUCGGGGAAGGAGUGGAAAAUUCUCUCGGGGUCUGUGUUUGCACCUCCACCACAUCAA